UGCUGGGACCUUACUGCCCAGUGCUCCCAGUGGUCGGACCAAGACCCCACAGCAGACAGUACAAAGGCCUACUCCCCAGCUCCCGCUUAUGGCCCAGUGGGAACAGACUGUAUUCUUAUCCUUUGGCAUUUCUCUACAAAUAAAAAUUUAAGAGGUGCCACUGCGGUCCGGCCUUUGUGCACUUGGCCUUGUGCUGAGCAAGGCGUGUGGCCUGUUCUUACCGCCGGGUUCUGCUGCCCCCACCCCCACUUCGGUGACUAAACCUGCACCUCUGAUCCUGUUCCCAAAGGGGCAGGAGGCUGGGCUCACUCCAGGCAGCCCCUGGCCUCCCUCACGGACCCCCUGUGUGGGGCUCAUUGCUUUGAUCGCCUUUCCAGCGCCAGUGCUGCAGUAGCUGAGCCGGGCCUAGAGCUCGCGGUCACGAACAACGGCAGCCUCCUGCCUACGUGUCCCGCGCCGUAGAAGAGCCUGCCCUGGCGCUGCGCUGGUCGUGGCUGCGUCAGCAGUGGGCCUGCACCUCCUUGCGUCUCCCUGUAGGCCAGCCCUGCCCCAGAUCUAGGUGCCUGCCCCUGAAGCGCGCGGCUGCCCGUGAUGAACCCGGCGGGCGGUGGGCGGCUGCUUCGGCCGGGGCCCGGCUCCCGGGCGUGGCCCUCGGACUGACAGAGCGGGUGGACGGCUGGGGAGACGGCGCGCGGCGCUUCGGGAGCCAGCGGGUGUUGGUGGAGCCGGACGCGGGCGCAGGGGUGGCUGUGAUGAAAUUGAAGAACCCCCCAGUGAACACCCUGAGUCUGGAGUUUCUGACGGAGCUGGUUAUCUGCCUGGAGAAGCUAGAGAAUGACAAGAGCUUCCGCGGUGUUGUCCUGACCUCCGACUGCCCGGGUGUCUUCUCGGCCGGCCUGGACCUGACAGAGAUGUGUGGUAAGAGCCCCGCCCACUAUGCUGAGUACUGGAAGGCCGUGCAGGAGCUGUGGCUGCAGUUCUACCAGUCCAACCUGGUGCUGGUCUCCGCCAUCAAUGGAGCCUGCCCUGCCGGAGGCUGCCUGAUGACCCUGACCUGUGACUACCGUGUCCUGGCAGACAACCCCAGGUACUGCAUAGGACUCAACGAGACCCAGCUGGGCAUCGUCGCCCCUUUCUGGUUCAAAGACACCCUGGAGAACGUCAUCGGGCACCGGGCAGCCGAGCGUGCGCUGCAGCUGGGGCUACUCUUCCCGCCGGCAGAGGCCCUGCAGGUGGGCAUAGUGGACCAGGUGGUCCCAGAGGAGCAGGUGCAGAGCACUGCACUGUCAGCGAUAGCCCAGUGGAUGACCAUUCCAGACCAUGCUCGACAGCUGACGAAGGCCAUGAUGCGAAAGGCCACAGCCAGCCGCCUGAUCACGCAGCGUGAUGCGGACGUGCAGAACUUUGUCAGCUUCAUCUCCAAAGACUCCAUCCAGAAGUCCCUGCAGCUGUACUUAGAGAGGCUCAAAGAAAAGAAAGGCUAACGGCUGGGCUGCCACAGACUUACAGCCACGCGUGCCCCUCUGGGUUCCAGGGAGGUCUUAAACAAGGCAUUUUUCAACUUAAAAGUA